AUGCUAAUGCUCCAGCACGCACUGGGAAGAAAAUUGCCGCUCAUCCAGUCUUUUCUACCCAUAGCAGUGUGUUGGCUGAUACUGUUGGUCAUCAUAGGCCUCCGUUUCCACUCCGUUACCAAUCGCAACCUCAACAACAGUAUCUCCGAAAAACCGAUCACAGACCUGACCGCAUUAAAGCUGGAGCUGGAGACACAAAACCAGGAGCUGGAGACACGAAACCAGGAGCUGGAGACGGAGACGAAGAACUUAAAAGGACCGAUACAAAACAUCAGUCGAGCUCAGUGGAGCAUCGAUGAAUACUGCCCCAAAGUAAAGAACGUGUCAGAGAGACGGUGUAGAGCUUGUCAGGAGGGAUGGAGACUCAUCGGGUCCAGCUGUAAUCUGUUUAAUGAUCCUUCUGAUCAGAAAACCUGUGAAGAAGCUCGAGAAGACUGCAGAGCACGGAGUUCAGAUUUGCUUGUUCUACAUGAUGAAGAUGAACCGGAUGCAGUCAGUUUUUACAGCUGGUACAGGGACAGAUCCUGGAUUGGUCUGAGAGCUGAAGGAGGGAGAUGGAAGUGGAUUGAUGGAAGUAAUCUGACUGAAAGGUAAGAGACACAUUC